CUAAACAAAAGCAUCAAAAUCCAGUCACAAACGCAAAUGGCAAACUGUCUCAAAGUAAUAAGCUAAAGCCAAAGCUUAAGCAAGCAGAAAAAGCACUUAUUACUACUUUACCUCGUUUUCUUCACCCAACCCAAAACCACACUCACACUCUUCCCCAUAAAUUAAAUCGCCUCCAAUUCCAACAAUAAUCACUUUUACAAACAAAAUUGAUUCUCCUCCUUACACACCAUCAUGUGCUGAUGUGCAUGUGCAGCAGUCACAUACAUACCUCAUCCAUUAAGAGAGAGAAAGCCUCAGUUAGUUAGUUAGUUAGAGAGAGAAAAUGGAUUCUUCUUCUUCUUCAUAUCAUCGACGCCGACACCGAACAUGGUGUUGCUCUUUCGCUGUUCCACCUUCAAGCCCAGAUAACCCACCCAUCAAACCCCGUAAGCCCGAACCCAUAUCCAAGCCCACCACUUUCUCCUCCUCCAUACCCAACUCCCCUCAAAGCUCCAAAUCCACCACCCGCAUUGCUCGGAUCGACCCUCGCCGGAUCUUAUCUCCGGGAAGAGUUUCUCCAAUCGAAGACUCCACCGCUGUUCCUGAUCAAAACCCUUCUCCUGUUCUCAAUUCACCUCCGUCAAGAUCUCGUAGCUUCCGUGCACCUAUUACAGCUCCAAUUCCACCGCCGCCGAUGAACUCCGCCGUCGGAGUCAGUGUCGGAGAUGGAUUUGAUGUGAGGAUGAGUUUAAGAGGGAAGAACGGUGGUUCUAUUGUUUUAGAGCUUAAUUCAGCUAUUUUAUGUGCUAAUUCGGAGGUUUUUGCGGGGUUAAUUGCGGAUUAUAGAAAGGGUAAUUCUUCGAGUGGUGGUACUGGUGUUAACAAAAUGUGUAGAAUUGAGGUUCCUGAAGUUGAUAAUUUGGGUGUUUUUAGAGAAACUAUUGAGCUUAUGUUUGAAGAUGAUGUUGCUAAAAGACUUCUCAAUAUUGGUGUUUAUAGAUCCAUUGAUGUUUUAGAGGUGUCAGCAGGCAUUAUGUUCACAAAGGGUGUUUUGUCCUGUUUACAAUACCUUGAGGCUGUUCCUUGGACAGAAGAGGAAGAAGAGAAAUUAAGAAACUUAUUCACAAGAUUUAAGUUUGAUGAUGAAACUACAAGGGACAUUCUAGGAAGGCUUUACUUGCACAACCCAGAAGAUUCCCAGCCGAAUGUAACUCGACAUCUCGUUUGGUCUAUCACCACAUGUGUCAAUGCCAAUGCAAGAAAUGAAUUGAAAUCACUAGUUAAAGGUCUUCUUUGUAAAAGCUCGGUUUAUGAGAAGAACCAUCUUGACCUAAGCAAAGACGAUCUAUAUUCUGUUUGCCACUCAUGUAUUGACUCACUGAUCAGCCUCUUUGAAGAAGCAUCUGACUCCGUCAAUCCUGAAAGGUUGACAAAGAAAGAUACGAAUAAACCGAUGAUCGAACACAUCUCAAGACAGGUUGAUAACAUCAACUGGUUGUUGGAAAUCAUGCUUGAUGGACAAAUAGCAGAGGAUUUUGUGGAUAUAUGGUCUGAUCAGCACCAACUUCUUAAAAUGCACAAUAAUGCAUCCCCUAUGGUUAGAUAUGAACUCAGUAGAGUUUCAGCGGUUCUGUUUGUUGCUAUGGCUACGAGAAAAUUGCAAUGCCGGUUGGAAGCUAGAUCAGGGCUUCUCCAAGCAUGGUUUUCACCUAUGUUGUUAGACUUUGGCUGGCUGCAGAGAUGCAGAAAAGGGCUUGAUAUAAAGGUUUUGCAGGAGGCUAUGGGUCAGACACUUCUUACUUUGCCUUUAAAGCAACAACACACUUUGUUCAUGGAAUGGUUUCACCACUUCUCAAGGCAUGGCACUGAAUGUCCUAAUCUAAGCAAAGCAUUCCAAAUUUGGUGGCGUAGAUCAUUUUUGAGAGGCUCUGAAACUUAUGCCAUUGAAUCAAGGUAAAGAGUAUCUGUUAGGAACCCAAGAUUCUGACAGUACCAAUAUUUAUUUGCCACUUGUGUACCGUGUAAAGAUUUGCAAUUAGGUGAGGGGUUCUGAAUUAUGUACACUAAAAUAACAUAGAUCUCCAUAGAGUGUUGUAUUGAAUUCUCUAGGCGAUUUUUUCUAUCUUCGUUUAUUUUAUUGUUUUGGGUGCAUUAAUAGCAAGAAGCUCCUUUGUAGGAA